GAUUGGUCCACAGGAACGUCUCGGAGCGCGCGCGGGAGCGAGCUUUGAAAGUUGACCACCGGGGAGGCUAACCGGUUCCUGAGCGAUAAUGGUGGCGCUGCCGGGCCUUGGGAGCGGUCUGCAGCCCUGGUGUCCGCUGGAUCUCAGCCCUGAAUGGGUGGACACAGUAUGGGAACUGGAUUUCACAGAGACUGAGCCUUUGGAUCCCAGCAUAGAAGCAGAAAUCCUAGAGACUGGGUUGAAUGCAUUCACAAAACUAUAUGAAAGUGUUUUCCCCUUUGCUACUGAAGAACAUGGAUCUACAGAGAGCAUAUGGACCUUCUUCAUUGAGAACAGUAUUUCUCACAGGGCACUGGUGGCAUUGUUCUAUCACUUUGUUCAAACAGUUCAUAAGAAAAGUGUCAGCGUGCAGUAUCGACAAUAUGGCCUUCAUGCUGCUGGGCUUUAUUUUCUGUUGCUGGAAGUACCAGGCAGUGUAGCCAAUCAAGUGUUCCACCAAGUGAUGUUUGACAAAUGUAUUCAGAUUCUAAAGAAGAGCUGGCCUCAGGAAUCUAACUUGAAUCGGAAAAGAAAGAAAGAGCAGCCUAAGAAUUCUGAGGCAAAUCCAAGAGGGAAUAGGAAAAGAGGAAAGCCACCUAGGAAAGAAGAUAUUGAGGUGGAUGAAAUAGAAGAACAGGAAGAUGAAGAAAGUAUUUGUUUUUCUGCUCGAGACCUUUGUCAAAUUCGAAAUACCAUCUUUCACCUUUUGAAGAAUUUUUUAAGGCUGCUGUCUAAAUUUUCUCUGAAAGAAAAGCCACAGUGCAUACAGAAUUGCAUAGAAGUCUUUGUUGCAUUAACUAAUUUUGAACCAGUUCAUCAUGAAUUUCAUGUGACCCAGGCCAGAAACCUUAACCAAGUAAAAUAUGUACCAGAACUAGCCUAUCAUGGAUUGUAUUUGCUAUGCUCCCCCAUUCAUGGAGAAGGAGAUAAGGUUAUAGGUUGUGUUUUCCAUCAAAUGCUGAAUGUGAUAUUAAUGUUAGAAGCAGGUGAAGGAGCCCAUCGUGCUCCCCUUAGUAUUACAACAUCAGUUAUCAACGGUAGAAAGCAGGCGGUCCAGUUCAUCAGUUCACUUGUGGAUGAACUAAAGGAAAAUGUAUUCCCAGUCCUUCGCAUCUUACUCCAGCACAUCUGUGCCAAGGUGACUGAUAAAUCAGAGUAUCGGACCUAUGCGGCCCAGUCCUUGGUCCAGCUGCUCAGCAAACUUCCCAGUAGGGAAUAUGCUACAUUCAUUGCCUGGCUUUACAGAUAUUCACGAAGUUCCAAGAUCCCACACAGGGUUUUUACUCUAGAUGUUGUCUUAGCUCUAUUGGAACUGCCUGAAAGAGCGGUAGAUAACACUCUCUCGAUGGAGCAUCAGAAGAUCUUAAAGCAUAAGUUCUUGGUACAGGAAAUUAUAUUUGACCGUUGUGUAGACAAGUCACCGACUGUCCGCAGCAAGGCACUGUCCAGUUUUGCACAUUGCCUGGAGGUAUCUGUUACCACUGCAUCGGAGAGCAUACUGGAACUUCUGAGUAACAGUACUGCAAUUUCAAGAAUAGAGAGCCGUCCUGGUAUCUUACCGAGAAAUUCAUCAGCUUUUUCCUGUCAGAGGCAAACACUUAACCCUUCUGGAGGCUCAGGGGUGACCAAUAUAGACAACAGUGGUGAAACAGAUGGAUCUGGGGUGAGAUGUGUCAUGGCAAUGCUGAGAAAGAGAAUCAGGGAAGAGAAGACAAAUGUCAGGAAGUCUGCACUGCAGGUACUAGUGAGUAUUUUGAAACACUGUGACAUCUCCAGUAUGAAAGAAGAGCUAUCACUUCUGCAAGACCAGUGUCGGGACCCUGCAGUAUCUGUCCGAAAGCAGGCCUUGCAGUCUCUUACGGAACUUCUUGUGGCCCAACCUGGAUGUGUCCAGAUACAGAAAGCCUGGCUGAUAGGGACCAUCCCAGCUGUGAUGGACUGUGAGAGCACAGUGCAGGAAAAGGCUCUGGAAUGCCUUGACCAGCUCCUAUUACAGAACAUUAAGCAUUACAAUAAAUUCCAUACUGGAGACAAUAGCCAGGUACUGGCUUGGGCACUUCUUACUCUCCUUAGUACAGAAAACCAGGAACUGAGCCGCUAUUUAAAUAAGGCUUUUCAUAUCUGGUCCAAGAAAGAGAAAUUCUCAUCCAGUUUUAUAAACAAUGUGAUAUCCUACACUGGCACAGAACAUUCUGCACCAGCCUGGAUGCUGCUCUCCGAGAUUGCUUGCUCAUCCCCCAAGCUGGACUACACCAAAAUAAUAGAGUCUUGGGAGAAAAUCAGCAGUCAACAGAAUCCCAAUUCAAACACCUUAGGACAUAUUCUGUGUGUUAUUGGGCAUAUUGCGAAGCAUCUUCCUAAGAGUACCCGGGACAAGGUGACCGAUGUGGUCAAGUGUAAGCUGAAUGGAUUCCAGUGGUCUCUAGAGUUGAUCAGCUCAGCUGUUGAUACUUUACAAAGACUCUGUAGAGCAUCUGCAGAGACACCUAUGGAAGAACAGGAACUACUGAAACAGGUGUGUGGGGAUAUCCUCUCCACCUGUGUGCAGUCACUCUCUGACAUAGUUCUGAAGCAAAGUGGACCCGGGAAUAUGGAUGAAGACCUAUUUGUGAAGUACAUUUUUACCUUAGGAGAUAUAGCCCAGCUUUGUCCAGCCCGAGUGGAGAAGCGAGCAUUCCUUCUGAUUCAGUCCAUUCUAGCUUCUUCUGUUGAUACAGAUCAUCCAACAUCUUCUCAAGGUGGCAGUGAAGCCCCAGUCUUCCAGCCACUCUCCCCAGUCAGAAGUUGUGUCAUGCCUUCCGUGAUUAGAGCACAUGCCAUCAUUACCUUGGGUAAGUUGUGCUUACAGCAUGAGGAUCUUGCAAAGAAGAGCAUCCCGGCCCUUGUGCGAGAGCUGGAAGUGUGUGAUGAUGUGGCUGUUCGCAACAAUGUCGUCAUCGUCAUGUGUGAUCUUUGUAUCCGGUACACUGUCAUGGUGGACAAGUACAUUCCCAAUAUCUCCAUGUGUCUAAAGGAUUCAAAUCCAUUUAUCCGAAAGCAAACACUCAUCUUGCUUACUAAUCUCUUGCAGGAAGAAUUUGUGAAAUGGAAGGGCUCUCUGUUCUUCAGAUUUGUCAGCACUCUGAUAGAUUCACACCCGGACAUUGCCAGUUUUGGGGAGUUUUGCCUGGCUCAUUUGUUACUGAAGAGGAACCCUGUCAUGUUCUUCCAGCACUUCAUUGAAUGUAUCUUCCACUUCAAUAACUACGAGAAGCAUGAGAAGUAUAACAAGUUUCCCCAGUCAGAGAGAGAGAAGCGGCUGUUUUCACUGAAGGGAAAGACAAAUAAGCAGAAACGAAUGAAAAUCUACAAAUUUCUUCUGGAACACUUCACAGAUGAACAGCGAUUCAAUAUCACUUCUAAAAUCUGUCUUAGUAUUUUGGCAUCUUUUGCUGACGGCAUCCUGCCCCUAGACAUGGAAGCCAGUGAAUUGCUCUCAGAUACAUUUGAGGUCCUCAGCUCAAAGGAGAUCAAGCUUUUGGCCAUGAGAUCUAAAGCAGAUAAGGACCUUCUUUUAGAAGAAGAUGACACAGCCUUGGCCAGUGCAGUCAUGCAGGAAGCUCAAAAGAGGCUCAUCUCGCAAGUUCAGAAGAAGAAUUUUAUAGAAAAUAUUAUUCCAAUAAUCAUCUCCCUGAAGACCGUACUAGAGAAAAAUAAGAUCCCAGCUUUGCGGGAACUCAUGACCUAUCUCAGGGAGGUGAUGCAGGAUUACCGUGAUGAAAUAAAGGAUUUCUUUGCAUUAGACAAGCAGCUUGCAUCAGAACUUGAAUACGACAUUAAGAAGUACAACGAGCAGCUAGCGCAGGAGCAGGAGCUGGCAGAACAAGCAGAUGUUGCCCCGAGUUCGGAAGUUAUGCCAGCUUCUGCUGGCCAGGAAGGUGCCACUGUGCCUGCCACUGAUACCCAGCCCUCAACACCCAGGACGGCUGCUGGCCAAGCACCGCCUCUGUCUCCUUCCCUUGAGGCUGGGCUAUUGAAGAGGUUCAUACCCAAAAGCAGGCCCAUGUCCUUGAGCACCAUCGCAAUCCUGAAUUCUGUCAAGAAAGCUGUGGAGUCCAAUAGCAGGCACCGGAGUCGGAGCACAGGAGCGUUGCCAUUCCCAUUAAGCUCUCAAAGCCUGGACAAAAUGUGCAAUCGUGCAAACUCCUACAGCCUGGAGCAGGAGUCCAGUGGAGCUGUGGACCGCGUAACUAAACGAGCGAUCAGUACUCCUGAGAGGACCAUCAAUGAUGUCACAUUUGGAGCAGGAGUCAGCUACAUAGGUACACCACAGACACCUUCAGUCAAAGAGAAAAUUGAAGCCCAAUGUCAAGGAAAUGACAUUUUAUGUUUAUCGCUUCCUGAUAAACCGCCGCCACAGCCUCAGCAGUGGAAUGUGAAGUCCCCGGCUAGAAAUAAAGAUAACCCAGCCCCUAGCAGGAGGUCACUCAGAAAGAUACCCCUGAAAACAGCCAACUGAAACAGUCAUUCAGGAGUAUCCAGGAGGCAAGAGCUCUAAGGAGAUGUUGUCUCCUGCCUGUGGAAAGGCAGAGUCCACCUCCCUUACUCUCAGGGUGAGGGAAACUUUUACUGUGUGAUACCAGAGUUUUUUCUUGUGACUCCAUCACUCUAACUGUUUAUCUGUGUGGCUGGCCAAACUUUUGCAUUUCUCUUUAUGCAAUACGUGGUUAAAAUAUAUAUAUAUACAUAUAUAUGUGUAUAUAUAUAUAUAUAAUAGAACUGCCUUAGCUAUUUAAUAUUCUAAUUUUAUUCCAUUUGAAAGUAUCAUGUUCAUUCUGAUAAAGCAUACUCUGGCCUUUAAGGAACUCAACAGAUCAGCUUUCUUUUAUAUAAAUGAAGGCUCUGUUUGUUAUAUGGUCGGAAUUCCCUAUAGUACAGUAGUUUCCUGUAUCUAAUGAUGAAAUUUUCAUUGUAAUUAUUUUUUUUAUUCUUAUUUAUAAAUUGCAGGUUUUUAAAGUGUACAGCUUUAUAAAAUGGAAUAAUAAAGGUUAAGCAUAAAUAUAGCCUUCUGGUUAUUUAAUAGAAUAUUUCUACUUUUAGAACAGAGCUUUUACUGGUAGUCAUUUUGAUUCACAUUAAGUGUUUAAGAAUAAUAAAACCUUCUCUGCCUCAAGAACUGUGAGAAAUAAAUGUGUGUUGUUUAAAAAAAAAAAAAAAAAAGGAAGAAAAAGAAUAAAACCCAACUUUCCUUUUAGGAAAAAAAAAUGACUCCCUUUGUCUUUAAGGUUCAGCUCAUCUGUCCCUCUGCUUCUGUCCCCUGACAGAAGCUGUCUGCCUCCUAAUAGCACACAUCUGUCUUCAAAUGUAAACCUGGGCUGGCUCCUGAAAGUUCCACCUAUGUGUGGCAUGCACUAAUGCUGGUUUGUAUUAACAGUCCAUAAAGAUUGCUCCCAUGAAGGGGUAAGGUGUUGGUGUCUUCUGCUGAUACCGUUAGGUAACCUUAAAACACAUGUACACUCAUGUUUUAUCCAAGAGUGACUGGGGAAAAAAUUCAUUCAGUUCCCUUUUUAAUCCCAGUACUAUAGAAGCAAAAUUACAGGGUUACUGUGUUGGUAUUUUUUUUUUAGUAUAAAUGGGGUAGUUGGAUUUGAGGGGUAGAAUGUCAUUGUGCAUUGUGUCUAUUCUACAGUCCUCCCAUAUAUGAAUGGUGACACACAUGGAGAUGUCAUUGGCAGAGAGAGUCACAAAGCUGCCCUUGAGUAAGGACAGUUAUCUCCAAAUCAAGUAGAUGGUAAUUGAUGGCAGCCUCUUUUGAAACCUGGGAUUGUGCUAUUUUAAGUAUACCUUCCUAACAAAAUGCUAGGAAGAUGAGGUAAUCUCAACAUAAGAGCACAUAAGGAGGAGAAAUAAUGAGACAAAGUUGAUUUUUUUAAAAGCUUUUAUAAAUGAGGUUUAACAAAUACCAACUUAUAGGUGUGUUAGUACAAGUCUGCAAAGUCUAUGUACAGCAACAGCCACACCAGAAGCCACAGUAGCCUUAUAGAAGCUCCAAGUCUUCAAUCACAUUCACAUCUUAAAAACACAUGAAUGUUCCUUUUCUGUUUACAUUUUUACAGUAAUGUAAACAACAAAUUAGGCAACAACUUCCCAGACUCCAUACUCACUUCUGUCAGACCCAGUUCACAUGGCACUAGGAUAGGAGGUGUUGUGGUCACAAGAAGGGAGUCAACAAGGCCGUCCUAUCACUUGGACAACCAAGAUGGCAGCUAGAGUGUUACUCCCCAACAAUUAGAGAACAGGAACACUAUCCCUUUCUACCAAGAUGGGGUGAAGAUGAAGGGAUAUCUUAAGUCUAAGCAUUCAAGACACAAACGCAAAAGAAGAUGGGUACCAUUAAGCAAUUAUGAAGAGUUGCCCACCACUUCUGCCAAAUAGCCCAUGGCAGAGUAUUCACAGAACUUAAAAAAGAAAAGUCAACAUAAGUCUCAAGUAUUCAAUUAAAAAACACCCUCCAAGUAUAAAAAAUUAAGACACUGGAAGUUUAAUCUCAAGAUGACUAUAUCCUUCUGAAUAAAAACCAUCCUUGAAGCACACUGGAGGCACUGGGACUGGAGGCGCUCUUCUGAGAAGCUCCCUCUUCAAACAGCUUCACAUCAUGAGUUUAACACAGAAUGUAUCUAAGGUGAAGAACAUCUGCUCUUGAAGAACAAAGGCUUUUGAAUGAUGUUUCUAAUGUCCCACACCCAGUGAGCAACAGUGUCUUGGGUAGACUUU